AGAAGCAGCCGAGUGAAGAUGGAGAACACUACAGACAAUGGACAGAAUCAAACAGAGUUCUUGCCGAUCCGGGAGGUGGCCACCCUUGAAUACCAAGUGGUCACCAUCUUCUUGGUCCUCCUCAUCUGCGGGUUAGGCAUUGUAGGCAACAUCAUGGUGGUGCUCGUGGUACUCAGGACGAAGCAUAUGAGGACCCCUACAAAUUGUUACCUGGUGAGCCUUGCUGUGGCGGACCUCAUGGUGCUUGUGGCUGCCGGGCUUCCCAACAUCACGGAGAGCAUCUAUGGAUCCUGGGUCUAUGGCUACAUUGGGUGUCUCUGCAUCACUUACCUCCAAUAUCUUGGCAUCAACGCUUCUUCUUGUUCUAUAACCGCCUUCACCGUUGAGAGGUACAUAGCCAUCUGCCACCCUAUCAAAGCCCAGUUUCUAUGCACAUUCUCAAGAGCCAAAAAGAUAAUUAUUUUUGUCUGGGCUUUCACCUCCAUCUACUGCAUGCUCUGGUUUUUCUUAUUAGAUCUCAACAUGGUAGCCUACAAAGAUGCCACUGUAGUGUCCUGUGGGUACAAAGUGCCCAGGAGCUACUAUUCUCCAAUCUAUAUGAUGGACUUUGGGAUAUUUUAUGUCAUGCCAAUGAUAUUAGCAACUGUCCUCUAUGGGUUGAUUGCCAGGAUAUUGUUCCUAAAUCCCAUCUCGGCUGACCCAAAAGAAAACUCAAAGAUGUGGAAGAAUGAUGUGGCUGCCCCAAACAAGACCAAAACAACCAACAAGGGUAUCAACAGUGCUGUGGCUUCCAGAAGGCAGGUCACCAAGAUGCUGGCUGUGGUUGUAAUCCUUUUUGCAUUUUUGUGGAUGCCCUACAGGACCCUGGUGGUUAUCAACUCUUUCCUGUCUCGCCCUUUCCAAGAAAAUUGGUUCCUGCUGUUCUGCAGGAUCUGCAUUUACCUAAACAGUGCUAUCAACCCUGUGAUUUACAACCUCAUGUCCCAAAAAUUCAGGGCAGCCUUCAAGAAACUCUGCAAAUGCCAGCAGAAGCAGUCGGAGAAGCCCAACAACUACAGCGUGGCCCUGAACUACAGCGUCAUCAAGGAGACAGACCAUUUCCACACUGAGCUAGAAGACAUCACCAUCACAGAUGCUUACCUGUCAUCCACCAAAGUGUCUUUCGAUGAUACCUGUGUGUCGUCUGAGGUAAAGAAGCACUACAAAGCUUUAAAUGUGUCCUUCAUCUUAAGGUCCAUGAAAAAGAUGCAACUGCAGAAGGUUUUUUGA